AUGCGCCGCGUUAUGCUUGACCGCCGGAGCUUGGAAGCCUUGGCAGGUAUUGCCGAGCAUCCCACUCUCGGUCCAUGUGUCCAAGAAGUGGAAGUCAGCACUAAUCACCUCUUGCCCCUUGAUGAGCUCCACACUAUUGAGCCUCCUUCAAGGCCUUUCUCGGAGAUAAUGGCCUGGGCAGAUCGCAGGGCAAGGGGUGAAGAUGAAAAUGAUGCAGAGGAAGGAGAAGAAGAAGCGAUAGACGAAGAAACAGAGGAUGAGGGAAAUAUAAGCGCCGAAGAGGCCGACAGCGAUGAUGACGACUACCCUCACCUGCGUGGCUUGGAUGAGACCGCUUACCGCAAGGCCUUUGAUAACCAGGAGGAACUCAUUCGCCGCGGAGACGACAUCAAGCACCUCACGCGUGCCAUGCAAAAGCUCGUCAAUUGCAGCACCAUAAGAAUCACGGACGACAAUCGAGUCUGGGGCCUAAGGCGUCUGCAAAAAGAAAUCGGCAUACUGCCACAAAGGUGUCUUACCUUUGAGUCGCCAAAAAGUGUCGAGCUAGUCCGCCAAAUGCUACAUGCUCUGUUUGCUGCGCUUGCCGAGGGCAACACCCCCAUUGACUUCCUGGAGAUUACUUCUGGCUCCGUUAUCGACAAUGCUAACCGCAUAAGCCCCGACAUGCUCGUCAAGCCCACAUCGGCGGCUCUGGAUAACUUUAGGCUUCAUACCUUAACUACUCUAUCCCUCAUUCUCGACUCAAAGUCUCCAGUGCAUAGCGCUACUGCUAUCAACUGGUCAUACGAUCUGAUUCAAUUUCUCGAUCGAUUUCCGGAGCUCUCUGAUUUUAGAAUUGAGUUUGGAUACCGCGACGAAGACAGGGGCAGCUUGAGUGGCAGCCCUGAAUGGCGGUCAUCAGGCUUCAACAGGACGGACUAUGCUACUUAUACCCGCUUCUCGAAGCUUUCUCAAUUGCUUUUUAUCUCAAAGCUGGAGAUUGUCCACUUAGCGACGUUUGACUGCACAGGCAUGGAACUUGCCCUUUUCCUCCUUCGUCACCAGAGUACUCUGCAAGAUAUUCAUCUUGAUGCCAUUGUUCUUAUUGAUUCCGAUGGUGAAAUUGGGAGCUGGCUUUGGCUCCUUAAGAAAAUUGCAUAG